UGACGUUGAGCCUUGUGCCGUAAACCGUUUGUGUCUGAGCAUGCGCGACUUGGAUCGGGUAGUGACCAUGCCUACUCCACACCACCAGAGAGCAGACAUUAUUUGUCAGCCGACACACUCUGUUCCUUGUGCCUUGGUGGCGGUUGGCACCACAGGAAAGAGCCUGCGCUGAAGCAUAGACCGUGUGUUUUUAUAAUAUUCUGUCAUUCAGUGACAUGCCUUUAUUUUUCGGAGAGCGGCGCAUGAAUUAUCAAGUUCUCACGCGCAGCAACUGCACGUGCAUCCAGCAGCAAUCUACCCCAUCCCGUUGCCAGUGUGUGCGCGUUGCGCGUUCACAGGAUAGAAGGUGCCCCUAGACUUUUAUGGAAGUACACUGAGCGGUGAUAUUAACAUCUGACAAAAUGUUUGGACUUGGAGAAACCAGUGGCCCUGACCCUCCACCAGUAAAGACGUAUAGAUGUGUAGCUUGUUCAAGCACAUUUCUUGGUUUGGCAUCCUUGCUGGUGCAUCAAGCAAGUCACGCAAGUGAGUUUUCAAGUCCGCAGCCACCCCCUCAACCUACAUGCUCCAGCUGUGGAACUGUGUUCUUUACCAGGGACCUCUUGAAGCAGCAUGUGUGUGCUGCUGCCCUUCCAUCCGCUACCCCAGAGUUUUACAUAUGUGAUUGUGGAAAGGAGUGCAAAGAUUUCAAUGUCUUUUUGGAGCAUAAAAAAUCCCAUCGAGGAGAAUCAGACCAGAGUCAUCCUGAGACACACCAGUCAGGUGUUAAUCCAGAGGGUCUAAACGAAGACUCUUCUGGAAAGGCUGCAAACAGUCACCCCGUCCCUAUGCAUUCUUCUUCCAGUACUGAUGUCAGUCUUCCGUCCAGCUCUGUAAACAUGCCACCUGACUGCAGUGAUUCUGUUGUUUCUGGAAUUAACGUAAAUGAGGACUUUGCCACACAAACAACAAUUCCCCAACAGAAUUCCAAUUUAGCGGAAGAACUAGACCCAGCAUUAGACCCUGCAAAGCUUGAUUUGCCAUUGAAUAUCAUAGAGGUGCAGAAUAAUUCCUUACCAGAUACUGAGACUGAUGAAUCUUUACAAGUCUCGAAUAAUUUUGCUUCCUACAGUGACAACGCUGAGGUCCAGCAGAAUCAAAAUCAAGAUGUUAAACCAGCUCGUAAUAAAGUGGUAAUGAAAAUAUUGGCAAAAGCAUACAUGAAUGUUAAACAGCCACCUGAGCUUGAACUGAGCGCAAACAAUCUAGUGGAGUCUUCUAGAGAUGUGAGAACACCAGGUGGGUCAGAUGUGGUGACAUCCCCCAUUAGACAGCUAAGACCCUCAGUAAGAAGGCCUUUCAGCACAAGACGCCCAACUGGUCGUAUAGGUUAUGGUAACAAUCCAUCCAAGAAACCACUUGUAAUCUCUGUAGCUAAGAGGUAUUGUCCAGUAGUGCUUCUUGAGACUCGGCAAAAGUUUGUUGGCAAAAACUAUGAAGGAAAUUAUCAGUGUGGUCAAUGCAAGCGCCUUUUCAGUAACAUAGACGAGCUAGCGCUACACCAUGCCUUGCACAGGAAAGAGAAGAUGAAACGCUGUCGCCGCUGUAAGCAGUUUAUCAUAAGUACGUCUGGUCCUGAUAGCCACAUCUGCUCCAGAGCACCAACUGCAGCUGAUCAGGACCUCCUCAGCACGGGAAAGGAGUUCACUAGCUCUCCCAAACAAUCGCUCAAAGCAGUUAAAACAACUCAAGGUUCUAACCGGUUUCACUGUCCUUUGUGCAAUCAUAGCUAUUCACGCUUAUACACUCUUAAAAUGCAUAACUGUGAAUGGAUCUCAUCCUUAAGAGAUUCUGCUCAAGAGGCUGUGGUGAAUGAUUGUCCGGAAGUUGAGGUUAACGGAAGUGAAGCGAACCCCCAUGAGUAUGUUAGCGUUGGUGUUGGUACAUUUGCUCAGCAUCAGGUGAAGAAAGAGAUGCUCAAUGAGUCAGUAGAGCAGGGCAAACGUCAAACAGAGCCGAACAAUGAAAAUCCUUUUGAGGUUGCAAAUGAGCCCGAUUCUCCUGAAGAGUCAUUGAAUCCAGAUUCGGCUGUGUCUAUAUCAUUCGAACCGCGAGAAACAGUUUUGAAAAAUGGCCUGGUUCCUACUGUACAGGCUGACACAAUUGAGCAUGUUGGGACAGAAGAGACGGGUGAUGAGGAUACGGUGAGGAUAUGCAUUGGUGACCAGGGAGAAGAGGAUGAAGUAACCUCUCUGGGGGAGGAGGCUGAAAUUGAUGUUUUAAUUGAAGAAGAUGAAGAUGAUCUUGAUCACAACGAUGAGUUACAUCAGACCAUGGUUAAAGGCAGUGCAGUUCUGAAAUCAGAAAAUGAAGACAUUCCAGUUGCUAUUUACGAUGAGUAUGCCAAGCGCUUUACUUGUGGACGCUGUCACAAGUCAUUUACUCGCAACUACGGCCUGAAGAAACACCUGAAGAUUUGUGCCACAGGAAAAAUAGGGCAACCCCAUAUUGGGGCCUCAGUUGCACGUAAAAUCUUGAAAUCUAAGAAGGUCUUUGAUUGCGUCCAGUGUGGUAAGAUAUUUAGCCAUAUGGACAGUUUGGCAAUUCACAAGAGAAACUGUCACACUGAAAUGACAAGGCAACUCUCAGAGCCUUAUAAUACAGCCAGUCAAGAGAGUGUUUUUGUCCUGCCACCACAAUCUGAUACUCAGUCCAAUAGGCCAGCAUCUACUGCUGAAAACAAUGAGACAAACUGGGGCAUCAUGUCACUGCCAUCUGUUCUCCCAAGGAGAGUGACGUGUGAGUGUGGGUCAUCCUUCACGUGUCCUAGACGUCUUUUUGAGCACUUGCAAAUGCACGCACAGGAGUCUUACAUCUGCCCCCACUGUGGUGAAAACCUGCAGUCAUGGAUGAAGUAUGAGGUUCACCUGCGAUCACACUUGCAAUUCCCACAGCAGGCAGCUACAGGCGAGCAGUCACAGCAGUAUUAUGUGCAACGUCCACAGCAGCCAACUACUGCACAGCUGAGCAGCCAGCUGCCAUCUAGUCAUGUGGCGACCCAAGCAUCGUCUAACUGUCCUAAAUGUUUCCAGACUUUUAAGAAUCGGCGCAAUCUACUGAGGCACCUGCGACUGCGUUGCCAUGGUGAAGCAUCAGCACCCAAGAAAUAUGCAUGCUCUCGCUGUGGGAUGUCUUUCCUUUCAACUUACACACUUGAUCUGCACAUGCAGAGUAACACAUGUACACCUUCUGUCAAAACAAUGCGCUGUCCUGUGUGCGUGCGUUGGUUCAGAACCGUGGAGGGGCUUAAAAGGCACCUUAUCGUUCAUAGCCAACAGAAAUUGUUCAAUUGUGGCUUGUGUCCACAAAGUUUCUCAAGUCCAGAGGAUUUGGAGGGUCACAAAAAGAGUGUACAUGAUGAUGUAUCGGUAGAACACGAGUCGCGAGGUGGAGGAUCCACCAGGGAGGAUUCACAAAAUAACCAGUUUAAAUUUUUCCGCUGUAAUACGUGCCCUCGAGUUUACCACAGCAUGAAGUCAUUGAAAGAGCACAGAAGGAAAGUCCACAGUUUACUAGGAGGAAACCAUGUGGCAAAAACUACUGAGACUUUGGGAGUUGUACAAAACAGCCAGAUGAAUUUUUUCCGUUGUCAGCUCUGUCAGAGAACCUACCAUAGCCUGCAGUCACUGAAAAAUCACAGGAGAAGAGUCCACCGCAUAUUCGCAGGUGGUCAUGGUCAACAAAGAGCAGAUUCCUUAGGAGCUGUGCAAAACAGCCCGUCUAACAUCUUUCGCUGUCAGAUUUGCCAGCGUGUCUAUCCUACUCUGAAGGCAUGGAGAAAUCACAGAAGAAGGGUUCAUCGCAUUCUUGGGGGAGGAUCAGAGAUGCAAAUAGCUGAAUCUUUGAGGGCCAUGCACAGCCAGGCAAAUGCCUUCACCUGUCAAAUCUGCCAGAGAACCUACCUGACUUUGCAAUCUCUUAAAGACCACAGAAGGAAGGUUCAUCACAUACCAGGGGGGCGGCUUGAACCUCAAAGAGGUAAUGCUAUGGCCAGUCAGUCCAUUGUUUUGACCUGUCAGAUCUGUCAUCGAACCUAUGGUAGUCUGCAGUCAUUAAAAGACCAUAGACGGAAGGUCCAUCACAUACCAGGGGGGCGGCUUGAUGUGGUAAAGGUAGAAUAGAUGGAAGCAGUAGUGUGAUGGUAGCUUAUUCAUUGUGCAGGUGUCACUGCAACUUGCUUGUUUGCUCUUUUCUUUUAUCAAAGGUUGCCAGGUGCUCGCAGUGAAUUGACUCUAUAAUAAUAAGUUCUAUAAACAAGGCCAUGCCACAAUAGAACAGACUUUUUUUUUUAAAUAUUUCAUUCCUGAUCACACCAAUUUGUAAUAUAAACAUGAAGAUCAGUACAAGGAAAACAUACUUUUAAUAUUUUCUGAGGACUGACGUCUCCCAGAGACUAUUGUACAGUACAACAAAAAAAAACAGGAGUUGUAGAAAAGUUAGAUGGCCUAGAGCAGUGCCUUUUAUGGCUCUGUAUAUUAUGUUAUAGGGAUCUUAAUCUUUUUCUUUAAACAAUUGUAGAAUGCAGUAGUUACAUAUUUAAUUUCCCCAUGUAAAUUUAUAUUCAGCUGUAGGCUCCUGCUGUUAAACUUUUACGUGAAUUAUUGAUUUAAUGAAAUCUACCAUCGUGUGUGCCAAUUUAUUUCUUGUAAAGUCUUGCAUAUCGGUUGGAUUGAGCCAGAUAGUCUGUGUACAUGCAAUGUAAACCUUUUUGUAUUUGUAUCAUUAAGAAUUAUGUGGAAUUGUGCAGUUUAUUGGAAACUGUUUUGUAUACAAUCUUUGUUCAUGUAUCAGAGAACAGAAAAAAAGGGAACAUGCAAGGACAAUAAAAUACAUCCAGACCCA